AUGGCUUGCUGUGAACUAUCAUCUGAUGAAGCAAUUAAGAGAAAAGUAGUUAUUGUUGGCGAUGGUGCAUGUGGAAAGACUUGUUUAUUGAGUGUAUUUUGUAAAGGAAGCUUUCCUACUACACAAUAUAUUCCUACCAUAUUCGAAACUGCUGUAAAGGAUAUGGUGGUUGAUUCAAAAAAUGUAGUAGCAGAACUCUGGGAUACUGCAGGUCAGGAAGAUUAUGAUAGAUUAAGAACCUUAAGUUAUCCUGAUUCAGACGUGAUUCUCGUGGCAUUUUCAGUUGAUAUACCAGAAUCAUUAGAAAAUAUAACUGAAAAGUGGGUGCCUGAAGUAAAGAGAUAUUGUCCCGGUUUGCCGAUUAUAUUGGUAGCCUGUAAAACGGAUUUAAGACAAGAUCAGACGACGAUUGAAGAAUUAUCAAAACAAUCUCAACAAGUCAUCACUUAUCAACAAGGAGUGGUUGUCGCAAGGCAAAUCGGAGCAUACAAGUAUGUUGAAUGCUCUGCGAAACUAGGACAAGGUGUUCAAGAAGUAUUUGUCUCAGCAAUAAGAAGUACUCUGAAGCAAAAUUCAAGCUGCAAUGUCAUGUAA